CCUGGGCGUCAGGCAGAUAGUAUUUUCCCACUCUAGGGACUCUGCCAACUUUGACAAUGCGAAGCCAGGAGUAUAGUGGCGGACCAUAUCGAUCUCCAAAAGGUUCCAAACAAAGUCGGAUCUAUUUCAUGGUCUACCCCCAUGCCGCGGUGCCAAACGCAACUUCUUCGCUUCCAUAGUCUGUCUCCUACAGAUACCAACCAAUCGACUCUAGGCAGCCUCAGAAUGGCCCCAUUCAUUGUCAAUGAUUCGAUAGUCACAGGGUAUUCCGCCUGCUACAGCGGCCGUCUUAUAUCUCUCCACGCCCACGUUGAGGGAGAGGACAUGGUCUUUUAUAAGGACGUCGAUGCCUAUCACAAGUAUGCGGUAUGGAUUUACACGCCACUCGACUCGGGCGAGUUUAUCUCGGAGGUCUGGAAACUACUUGGUAGACAAUACCAUGGUGUGGCCAUAUUGUUCAGAACCAAUAGAGGCCGGGUAACCACAGUAGGGCCGCACUUAUUACUAUGGAGGCCUCCCACCGCGUGGACUCGCAUAUUCACAUCUGCAAAUACCCCGACUCGGGUCUAUUUUAACGACUCCCCUGCCGGCAUUCACCACCUGGCGACCAACCAAUCUACCAUCCAUCACGGAUUUCCCGCGCUGCCAAAUCCACUGUCUCCCUAUCCGAAACGAGGAUCUAUUGGGAAUUAUUUCUAUACCCUUGCCUUACUCGAAAACGUUGUGGAAAUUGUCCUCUGCCAGAGGGAAUUUUCGACUCACUCGCAAAUCACCGGGCUGCUCAUCCGCUAUUCCAACGGCAACCAAGCCUCCGUCGGGGAGUUCCGCCUGGACCGUGCCGGCACGACUCUGCGGGUUGACGGUUCUCGGGAGCUAUGCCUGGGAUUCGCACGGACAGAAUUCAAGCACCCGUACCUGGCAAAGGCCGAGCUGUUCCCGCCGGCCGACAGGGCAUCGUAUGAGUGGCUGGAUUUGCCCUGGACGGGGAGACUGGAGUGGUGGUUUUCCUUCCGACUGUGCAAGAUAAACCACGCCGGUCGAGGAAGCCCGUCGCUAGUCUGAACCCCCUGCGGCAUUGUCUCGCAGGCGGGCGCCACGGCCAUCACAGACAUUACGUUAGAAGUCCAGCUUGCACGGUCUCGAUUGCGGGAGAAACUGC